AUGUCUGACUCCAAUCUGGUUCAGUCAUCCACAACUGAUGACAUCAAUGUGUCCAACACACCUCUUGAGGAAAAUCUCAAAGAUAAUACACUCACAAUCUAUGCUGCCACACCCAAUCUGGCUGCUUGUGUGGAGUUUUUCUUUGGUGGUACCUCUGGCAAUGUUGCUGCAAGGAGAGAGAUCUCCUUACUAUGGGAUUGGUUUGUUCAUACUGCUAAAGGAGCCCCUUUGGACUUACUCUCCCUCUCAGGUUCUGGUACUCCAUCCUCAAUCCUCACUUUUAUAUUUCCUCACAUCGCUGUUCUCAAAGGUCACACCAACAAUGUCACUGAGUUGGUACUCAGUGGAAUAUUCAAAAUUGACCACCAGGAGUUCUUUAUGGGCCCCAAGGGUGGCUUCUCACCCAAGAAUGCAUUCAGCUGUGAUUUUGCAGAUACCAAGCUGACUUGUAACCUUCUUGCUGUGCAACAUGAUGUUGUAUAUGCCAGUACCCAAUGCAACUUUCCCUUGAUCAUCUCGAACAUCAGGGCAUUGGAGAAGCUUGUGCCUUUGAAAAAGGGGGAGAGUUUGCUUUCAUCAAAAAAGGAGGAUGAUGAUGACCCAGACAACAUUGCCUGCAUUGAUGCUAUGAUGGCAUGGCCUGUGCAAGAGGACAACAGGGAGGCCCUGAAUCAUGCUGCCUCAACCCACUAUGUUUCUCCCCUCCCUGUGUUUGAUGUUGAUGGCAAACCCAUCCAGCCUGUUGACUAUCAGUGGGUGCUAAGUGGUGCUGUCAUUCAAGUGCAGUUCACUUUGUUACAUUACUUUAUCAAAGAACAAGAGGUCUUGUCUGACCUAAUGCUCAAGGUGGUGUUCUGGCUUCCUACAGACAUCUCCACACUACAUUUAACUUAA